AUGGUCAGUGGGAAGGAGGGGGAGUCAACACAGGACUUCAUGGGCUGGGAAGGUGCGGGGAUUUCUCCCCAGCAGCUGGUCAGGGGGCAGCGGGAGAGCAGCUGUCCGUCCUCCAUCCCCUUCCGUGCUGCUGCCAUCUACCUGGAGCGUCCUCCACCUGCCCGGCUGGUGCUGGGCGGCGGCGGCGGCGGGACUCGCGGUGACCUCGGGCCAGUGAGUGUCCCCGGAGCACAGGAGAAUGCGAGGCCAACUUUGCGCUCCCCUCAAGCCGUCCGAGCCUUCCGCGGGCUCCAGAGCAGGCAGCCGCGAGGUCUGGGGGUCACCUGGCGCGGGACCGUGGGCAGCGCAGCCGGGCAGCGGCAGCGGGUCCCCUCGGCGGCUUCCGACACCGCGCGCACAGAGCCCCGGGGUUUCGGCUUUCGGUCCCUGCGCACAGACGCGAGGCCCCGGGGAGCGUCGGUCCCCGGCGCCCGAGCGCGAAAGAGCUUCUGUCGAUUUCUAUGGCUCCUCAAGAUGUCAGUCUUAAUCUUAGGACUCGGCCUUGCCUUAUUUAUAUUCAGAAGCGUGUCCCUGCAAACAGAAUUUGGGGGGCUCAAGCUGGAGUUCUCGCGACCCGCGCCUGAGGGCCAGCCGCUGAAGCUGCUCCCCGAGCAGCGUCUCAGGAACCUCUUUGCCUACAGCGGGAUCUGGCUCUUCCCCAAGAACCAGUGCAGAUGUGAAGCCCCCUGGGGGCAGAGGAGUUACAACCUCCAGGACGCCUACGACCAGCGCGACCUCCCGGCCGUGAAUUCCAGGAGACAGGCAGAAUUUGAACACUUUCAGAGGAGGGAAGGGCUGCCCCGCCCACCGCCGCUGCUGGCUCAGCCCAACCUCCCUUUUGGGUACCCGGUCCAUGGAGUGGAGGUGAUGCCCCUGCACACCAUUCUCAUCCCAGGUCUCCAGUUUGAAGGGCCAGAUGCUCCCGUCUACGAGGUCACCCUGAGAGCUUCUCUGGGGACCCUGAACACCCUUGCUGACGUCCCAGACAGCGCAGUGCAGGGCAGAGGCCAGAAGCAGCUGACCAUUGCGACCAGCGACCGGAGGCUUUUGAAGUUCAUCCUGCAGCACGUGACCUACACCAGCACGGGGUACCAGCACCCCAGGGUGGACAUGGUGAGUCUGGAGUGGAAGUCCUCAGUGGCCAGGUUUCCAGUGAGCAUCCGCUAUCCCAUCAUGCCCAAGUUGUACGACCCUGGACCAGAGAGGAAGCUCAGAGACCUGGUGACCAUUGCCACCAAGACCUUCCUCCGCCCCCACAAGCUCAUGACCCUGCUGCGGAGUAUUCGGGACUAUUACCCAGACUUGACCGUGAUCGUGGCUGACGACAGCAAGAAGCCCCUGGAGAUCCAUGACAAGCACGUGGAGUACUACACCAUGCCCUUUGGGAAGGGCUGGUUUGCUGGCAGGAACCUGGCCAUAUCUCAGGUCACCACCAAAUACGUGCUCUGGGUGGAUGAUGACUUCCUCUUCAACAACAACACCAAGAUCGAGGUGCUGGUGGACGUCCUGGAGAGAUCCGAGCUGGAUGUGGUGGGCGGCAGCGUGCUGGGGAACGUGUUCCAGUUCAUGCUGUUUUGGGAGCAGACUGAGAACGGAGCCUGUCUUCACCGGAGGCCGGGAUCUUUCCAGCCGCUGCACGGCUUCCCCGGCUGCGUGGUGACCAGCGGCGUCGUCAACUUCUUCCUGGCCCACACGGAGCGGCUCCUGAGAGUCGGCUUCGACCCACGCCUGAGGCGCGUGGCUCACUCAGAAUUCUUUGUUGAUGGGCUGGGGAGCCUGCUUGUGGGCUCAUGCCCGGAGGUGAUUGUGGGUCACCAGCCCCGGACUCCAGCGCUGGACUCAGAGCUGGCUGCCCUGGAGAGCGUCUACAACAAAUACCGGACCAACACCGGCGACGAGGUCCGGUUCAAGCUGGCCCUGCAGUACUUCAAGAACCACCUGCAGUGUGCCAUGUAG